CCAGGAGUGCAGCGGUGCAGGGCAAUGCCAAGGGACUCUGCAGGGGGUGUUAAUGGGAACAGUCCCCCCAGGGCACGGCCACCGCAUGGACAGGCAGCACAGGGCAGAGGGGCAGGAUGCGGCCAGGGCUGCUCCCCAGCCAGCAGCGCAGACAAGCCUGGUACAGCCCAGCGGGUGCCCAGAGAGCCGCCGCCACCCCAGCAGCCCCUGGCUUGCAUCCCAAACCCGCCCAGCUGGGUUUCGGGGUGCUGGAGGCGGGCUGGGGCACCAGGGCAGCAGGGCGAAGGCAUUCCCCAGGGCUGGAGAGGGCAGGAUGCCGUGCCAAGAACAGCACACGUCUGUCAGCUCACCUUCCCUUCCCUGCAAGAAGCAGGGGAAGAGCACAGGGAGAUUUCACCUGGAGGUGCAACCAGCAGCCAGCUCGCAGCAUCCUCACGGGAUGCAAGAAAUGGACAGUCAGGGCCCGUGCAUGUGUUGGCACGAGUGGCCGUGCUCGUGCAUCGCUGCUGGGCACCCACCGAUGCCCCGUGGGGCUUGUAGGUGCUGUUCGUGGGUUGCAAAGUGCUGCAGGGUUUGCUCGAGCACCCGACUGCCUUAUGUAAGAGAGCGGGAGCGCGGCGGGGGAUCAGCCCUGGUUUGUAGGUCAGAAAAUGGAGGCGCGGGGCAGCUGAAGGCUUGGGCUGGGUCAGGCGGUGAGUCAGUGCCAAAGGAGGGACCGGCGCGGCGGAGGCUUUAUUAGCAGGUGAGGGGUGGAGCGAGGCUUCGGAGGCAGGCAAAGGCAACGCCGAGGCGCAGCAUCAGCCGAGUGGGGUCUCACCAUCCUGCUGGUGUCCCCAACUCCCUGAGUCCCCGACCUCCCAGACAUGGGGUCCCGCUGCCCCUCACACUGCUGACGGCCUCCGAGCCCCCCUCCGCAGCCCCUCACCUCAACACCCGGCCGCGGCAGUGCCAGGACGCCAGUGAUGGAGCAAGCUAUUGCCUAAAAUGGAUCGUGUGAGUUUCCCUGAGAAGCCCAUGAACCGCUGCUGCCAGCUCCAGACAUGGUGUAAAUCACAGAGUCAUCCCAACGGGUAUAAAUUCUUCGGCUGACCAAAGUGCGGCACCAGGGGAACUUCUCAGCCUGGCGAGAGCAGAGAUUUGGAUUCCAGGCAGCAAAUCAAGCAUCAACCCUCAGCUACGGCAUAGCUGAACCAUGACUGAAGAGCCCGUGCGGAAAGACAGCGAGAUCCGACGCUCCAACUCCAGCAUGGGCUGCGGACACAAGGACGACAAAGCCAGCCUGGCUUCGAGCCAGAUAGCACCUUAUAGCCACCAACCCUCCACUCCAGCCUCCAAGGAAGUGUGGAAAAAGGGCGGCCGCAUGUUCUCCAUCCUGCUGGCCAUGCACUUAGCCCUUCUGGCCUGCACGCUGGUGAGCAGUGGGGCUUUUGAGAAAAUUGCUGUGCAUGAUUACGAUGUCUUCUUCCUGCUGACUGUCAUGAUGCUGAUAGUCAUCAUCUGGAUCAUCUUCUACCUCGUCAGCACCGCCCGGUGCCCAGAUGCCAUCCUCUGCAAAGACUCCCAUGCUGGACCCAUCUGGCUGAGAGGAGGCCUGAUCCUGUUUGCCAUUUUCAGCCUUGUCAUGGAUGUGUUCAAAAUAGGAUAUUACUCCAGCUUCUACAGCUGCCUGUCUGCGAUCAAAAUCAUCUACCCCAUUGUGCAAGCAAUAUUCGUGGUUGUCCAGACAUACUUCCUGUGGAUCUCUGCCAAAGACUGCGUCCAUGUCCACCUGAAUGUUACCAGGUGCGGCUUGAUGUUAACUCUGACUACAAACUUAGCAGUGUGGAUGUCUGCAGUGACAGACGAGUCCGUUCACAAAGCACACUCAAAGUUGAAGAAAAAUGUGACAGAUGACCUCCUCAGAUGGUUCCUGAAAGUGGGAAUGAGAAGUAGCUCAGCUGAAGUUUGCAAUUGCAACAGCCAAAUCUGCCAGAUUUUCAAGAAUGGCUACUUCUGGCUGUACCCCUUUAACAUUGAGUACAGCCUGUUUGCCUCCGCCAUGGUUUACGUCAUGUGGAAGAACGUCGGCCGCUUUAUAGACCACCACUCCCACCACAUUCACCGCCUGAAGUUCAGGCUCUUCCGAAGGACCUUCUUUGUAGGCAUCGUGUUGGGCCUCAUCAUUCUGGUGAGCGGCCUGGGAGUCCUUAUCGUUUACGAGGUGCAGGUAAACUCCAGCACUGAAUCCAGCAAGAAGAGCCAAGCACUCACCAUGUACUACAUCUUCAACAUCGUGUGUCUGGGCCUGAUGUCUCUCGUCUGCAUCGGAGGCUCUGUCAUCUACCGCUUUGACAAGAGAGACAUGGACCGGCACAAGAACCCGACCAGGACCCUGGACGUGGCCCUGCUGAUGGGCGCAGCCCUGGGGCAGUAUGCUAUUUCUUACUACUCCAUCGUGGCCAUCGUGGCCAGCACACCAAGGGACGCCAUCAGUGCACUCAACCUGACCUACGCCCUUCUGAUGAUUGCUCAGCACACCUUCCAGAACAUCUUCAUCAUCGAAGGCCUUCAUCGGCAACCCCCCAAGGAAGACCACAAGCACGGUUCUCGCCAGAAGGACCUCUGCGGUCUCACCUUUGUCAAUGUCAGUGCGGUGUCCCUCCGCGUGCCUGACGGCGGCAGCACCUUGGCACCUAGCACUGCCCCUGGCGCUGAGGCCAGCCUUCCUUCCGAUCUUGUGCGGUCCCUCACAGCCCCCAAGAAGAUGAACUGGAGGAGGAAGUGCUUAAGGGAGGUCUCCAUGUUCCUCCUGCUGAGCAAUAUCGUACUCUGGAUCAUGCCAGCGUUUGGUGCCCGGCCCCACUUCGACAAUGAUACAGAACUGAACUUCUAUGGCGAUUCCAUGUGGCCGGCUAUUGUGGACAUUUGCCUGCCUUUUGGGAUCUUCUACCGAAUGCAUGCAGUGGCCAGUUUGCUGGAGGUCUACAUCAUGUCCUAAAGAAUCUCUUGCAAGGAAGAUGAGAUCCUCCUCGAGCAAUCCACCUUCUUCCCACCCCAGGGCUGGGAGACUGCCCAGGGGUCCCGAGGGAUUCCCAGCACUGCCUGAAUCACGUCCCCUCGCAGUGUUGGGGCAUUUCUGAACUGUCAGUGAAGAUCAUCCAAACAUAGUCCAGAUUUUAUUUUUGCUACUUGUGUGUGGAUGGAUGUGCAUAUGUGUGUCUGAAGUUCUUAGAGUUUAAAAGAAAAAAGGGAUCCAGCAUAGGAUCAUGGUUAUUACCCUUGAUUCAUGCAAAGACACAUACCUUCCUUCUUAAAAGCCUGUUCACUCCGGGCCACUGACUUACUGUCCCGUGGGGUAGGUGCUCAGCCCCAUUGGACAGUCAGUGUCUGCCUGCAAACGGGCCCAACCCUGCCUGCAUGCAGAGACCAGUGGGCACAAGGGGCUAACCCAGGUGCGGAAGGCAAAGCAAGGGAAACCACUCGCCUUCUGGUACGGCCAGUCAGAAACCACUCCCCUGCAGAGAUGUGAAA